CAAAAUACCGUAGGACACAUACAACGCAAACUGAACGAGCCUCCAAAGUGCAACGUCCAAAUCAGUUAUCAUUAACUCCAAAUGGAAGAUGAGCACGAAAGAUUUCCAUAAGUUCAGUAAUUUGUUCAAUACGAGAUAUUGAUUAUUGUCCUGAAAACACAGGAAUUCGGCUCGACACGUGAAACCUGCUUUUAUAAUUCCAGUUAAGCAGUGUUUUGUAUAUACGGCUAGUACUAAAAGUUAUGUCUAUAUUGGGAAGUAAUUUAGUCAGAAAAAAAAGGAAAAAUAUAUUUCAUUCGGUACAGCAAUCUUUACAUAAAUAAGCAUGAAUUUAUCUGCUAUUUUAUUAUGAUUAUUUUUUAUUAUCCAAACGCGUAAAGACCUAUGCACAAAAACGACAGUGAAAGCAUUAAGGAUAAAUUGCUACAUUUGUAUAAUUAAUGCGAACAAUCUUCCUUUUGCUGUCACAAAUCAUUUUUCAUUAGUUAUAUGCAUUGCUUUGGACAACUUUAAAUAUGCAAUAUGCAAUGUUUUAGGUUCCAGACUUUCCCAAUUUUGUCUAAUCCUAACAAACAGUGCAUCAACGCAAAGCUUUAAAAUAAAACCGUUUCUGUUCACCUUUAUGUUUGCGCGGCGCCCUCGCGCGUCACGUGUCACGCGCGGCAGGUAAACUCACCUCAUCAAGCGCACAUAUAUAAUACAGCUGCCGCCGGCGGCCUCUUCCGUUUGGUUUUUAAAAACGAGUAUCUGACAGCAACGUAUAAAGUAGGCGAGCAUAAAUCCGAAAUGCCACUGCGGCUUGUACCGAGCGCGUGCGGUCUCGUGAUGUUGAUCGGUUUGACGGGUUUGAUGAGCGGCGCGGAGAUCGACAGAUAUGGCGGGCAAGCAUCGGCAGGUGUGGGUCGCGAGCGUUACGCCUUCUAUGCCCUGCGCAGCUGCCAUCAAGUCCUCCGUCAAGACAGCGGUGAGUUCUUCUCCCCUGAUUACCUGUGCUCGCACCCCCCCGUGUGGUGUAACUGGACCAUCCAGGUGCCUCCUGGGAAGCGUCUGGAGCUCUACCUGGAGGACUUCACUCCCUCGGACGCCUGUCAGGAGAAGAGCGACCAGAUCCACCUGGAUGAGUCUCCGGCGGCCGCGGGAGGGCAGAGGAUCCUGGAGAGGUGCUGGAGAAAGGCCAGGUACACCUCCGUGUCGAACACCGUUCAGGUGGUGCUGCUCAUCGAAGGGAACCGGGCCCAACCGUACAGGGGCUUCCACGGGCGCUUUAAAGCUCUCACAUCCGUGGACUCUCCUGAUUACAUAUAUGAAGACGUUCUUGCAGAAGUGACCGGAGCGGCUUUAGGAGAUGAAGAUGAAACCGAUGCCGUUACGGACUCCCCUACGCACACUGGCUCUGUGAAGUCCUCACGGCCUCCUCUCAUCCCAGCGCCGGCUCACGCCGGUGACGAAGAGGCCGGUGACGAAGCAUACCGCGAUGAUCUUUUCUCCGCAGCGUCGCAUGAAGAAGCUGAGGACCACCGCGGUCAACCCCAAAGCGGGACGCGGCCCAGAUACCAGGCGGCUUACGCAGACGUUUUGGACGUGAGCCUCGGCGCGCAGACUCUCACGCCUGGCGUUAAACCCGCGGCCACGCGCAGGAACACGGACGCCUGGGAGCCGGUCGGAGAGAGGAGGCUGAAGGUGGACGACGAGGAAGGGGUUUCUGACGAGAGCAGGGUCACAUCACCUGUGACCAAACACAAACUACACCGCCAGUCAAAAGAGAAAGCUCUCUACCAGCAAACCCCACGAAACGUGACCCAACGCCAGCGGUUCCCUGGAGAGCUCUUGUUCGAGGUAAGCGUUGAGAUCAGUCUGGAGCCUAAACAUCACGAAGAACCCUCUUCGCUCAGAUCCGCUCUGGAGACCACGAUACGAGGAGUGUUAGGACGUCUCGCUCCGAAGAGCCUGGACUUCAAAAGACUGAAGAAGUUGAGCUCUGGCGUGUUGUUCAUCGCGUGGCUGCAGUUUUCGAGGGCGGCUGUGGGGCAGCAGACGCACGGGGAUCUUCAGAGCGGUCUGCAGGCGCUUCGGGGCAGAGCCGUCGCGUCCCAAACCACCGAGACGAGGGGCGUCAUCGCAUCCGUCUCUACUGAAGACAUCAAUGAGUGUGAGACGCACAUGGCGGUGUGUGACGCUCACGCGGAGUGCGUGAACCGGUUCGGGUCGUACUCCUGUCGCUGUAUCCAUGGUUACCGUGAGGUUCCUCGAGGGCCGGGAGCCAGCGCCUGUGCGGCGUCGUCUGAACCUGACUGUAGCCGGACGUCGUCGUCUCCCAGAAUCCUCGGGGGCGUCUACGCCGUGGUCGGCCUGGUCACGCUGCUGCUCGUGCUGUUGCUGUUGGGGGCGUUUCUUCUCUAUCAUCGGUACUAUAGAGGCUCCUUCCUUCCGCGCUGCCAGAAAGCGAGCUCCAGCGGCGUCGUGGCAACCGCCGCCAGUGAUGAUGACAACAAUAACACGGUUAAUGACGUUAGCAGUGGCGCGAUCCCCUCCGCGUUCCCCCCACCACCUCCACCCGUCAGGCUGGGCAAAGAAGGUCUCCGCUCUCUGGACCCGCCGCUACUACGCUUCGGCUCUCUGGGGCCUCCUGAUGGGUUCAGGAGUAAAACAGGCCCCGAGAAACACCAGUUCUGACUCUUUCACAGGGUCACUCUCGUCCUGCCUCUAAACGCACCGCACCUCACUGAAUGCAAGACUGGUUUUAUUAGUGAGGUGUUUUUGUUUUUUUUUGUUUUUUUGUAAGUUAGUUUAUGAUUUAUAGUGUUUUGAUUAAAUAAUUGCCUUGUUUCUGUUCAGUUUUGCUCUUGUAGUAUUAUUAUUAUUAUUAUUAUUAUUAUUAAUGUUUUGUUUUUGCUUGCAGAAGCUUUGUCACACUUAAAGACAUGAACAGAACUUGUUGUACUUUGUGGUUUUGUCCAACUAGCCUAAAUAUGUUUGACAUUUGAAAGUGUUUGAUGGGUAUCAUUUUUCUUUAUUACUGCAUUUAUGGUUUGUAGCAUAUAAUAUACUUCUUGGAUGCAUUGUGUAUGCAUGAA